UUACUUCGAUCGUAAAGUGGAAAGAUUCGUUGGAUGUUUGUUCUUCUGAAAUGCGUAAUAAGCUCUCUUAUUCGAUCUUUCCAUCAAUUAUCUUUCUUUCCCUAGUUUUCCUCUUCCUUUACUCCACUUUUCUCCCUCUCUAUACCAACGACUCCUCUUCACUGCCCACUAAAAAUUUCCUUCCUUUAUCCUCUUAUUCUACUUGCAACCUGUUCGAUGGCCAUUGGGUGUUAAAUUCCACCAAAGCCAAGCCUUUCUACGAUGGGACCUGCCCAUUUCAUAGAAACGCCUGGAAUUGUCUUAACAACGAAAGGGACAACAUGGGAAUCAUCAAUUCAUGGGAAUGGGUACCCAAAGAUUGCAGCUUGGAGAGGAUUGAUCCCUCGAGGUUCUUGGGUUUGAUGAGGAAUAGGAAUAUUGGGUUUGUUGGGGAUUCUUUGAAUGAAAACUUUUUGGUGUCUUUUUUGUGUAUUCUUAGAGUGGCUGAUGGAGGUGCUAAAAAGUGGAAGAGAAAGGGAGCUUGGAGAGGGGCUUAUUUCCCUAAGUAUAAUGUCACAGUUGCCUAUCAUAGGGCUGUUUUGCUUGCCAAAUACAAGUGGGAGCCAAAACAAUCUGCAGUUUCUGCUCAAGAUGGACUGAAAGGAGUAUACCGAGUGGAUGUCGAUAUUGUUGCGGAUGAAUGGAACAGGAUGACCGACUUCUAUGAUGUUCUUGUUUUCAACACUGGCCAUUGGUGGGGCUAUGAUAAGUUCCCAAAAGAGAUGCCUCUAGUCUUUUACCGGCAUGGGCGACCACUAAAUCCUCCCCUGGGAUUAUUGGAUGGCUUUCAAGUGGUUCUUGAAAAUAUGGUUCGUCACAUUCAAAAGGAGGUUCCUAAGAACACUCUCAAGUUCUGGCGGUUGCAAUCGCCGAGACAUUUUUAUGGCGGGGAGUGGAAUCAAAAUGGUAGUUGCUUGUUUGACAAACCCCUUGAAGAAGACCAGCUUGACUUGUGGUUCAAUCCCAGCAACAAUGGAGUGAAUAAAGAAGCUAGAACACUUAACCAUCUAAUUAAAGAGGCAGUGCAAGGCACGGAUAUUCAGGUGCUUGAUCUGACUCAUUUGAGCGAGUUCAGAGCAGAUGCACACCCGGCAAUUUGGUUAGGACAGAAAGAUGCUGUGUCUAUAUGGGGCCAGGACUGCAUGCACUGGUGCCUGCCUGGUGUACCUGAUACAUGGGUUGAUAUACUUGUGCAACUAAUCCGUAAUAGUUUGGAGACGGUAUGAUGAAAUGCGAAUAGAAUCUUAUCAAGUUUUUUCAAGCAUUCACCUUGGAUAAUGCCGAGCAUCUUCUGCCAAGUGCAAUGGAUACACCGAUAUGUCAAUGUGAAUGCCAAGCACAGGUGAAUGCCAUAAGGCUCGUCUCUUUGGAGAUGAAUGAGAGUUGGCUGUUUAUAAAUUAAACCCUGCUGCCUCUAAGGUCUCUUUUUAUGGGCGUUGUUUUACUCUUCUUUUUCCAUUUUUUUGGUUUUGGGGGUGGAGACCGAAAGACCGAGUUGAGGAAUUCUUCUACUUUACAUAGGUUUAACAUUCAACUGUGUGGAAAGAAUGCCCAUUUUUUUCACUUGGUCAUUUGAUUCUGUUUAUGCUUUUAACAUUUCUGAACUUUGAAGUGAAAUGUAAGUGCAGCUUAUUAUUAGCAUAUUGAUGUCAGCUGACUAUAUUACCGUUAUGCUCUUCACUUGAAACCUA